GUUGCAUCUGGUACAUGAAUCAAUUAGGACAUAUGUAAUUGCUUACUUUAUUCACAAAUGAAACUGUUCCUGAUUGUUUAUGCUAAACUGAUAUUGGUAGAAAAAGUGGCAUGGAGACAAAAGCUGGACAAAAUGGUACAGAUUUACCCAAAGCAGAAAUAGACACAAGAGCACCUUUUAAAUCUGUCAAAGCUGCUGUCAGCCUAUUUGGUGAGGUAGCAUUUACAUCUGAUAGAUCUACUGUGAGAAAGCCAAAGCCUCCGCCCCCUGAGAGUGGUUUACCUAAGGAGACACAGCUUCACUUGGCUAAGAAGGAGCUUAAUAAGUACAGAGAACAGCUUGACAAUGCUGCAAAAACUAGGACCCAUGCGCUUGUUGAGUUAGAGAGGGUGAGAAGAACUUUUGAAGAACUGACAAACAAGCUCAAUGCUGUAAAUGAAUCGAAGGAACUGGCUCUAAAAGCGACUGACGUUGCAAAAGCUCAGACCAAGAAUCUUGAAGAUGUGAGCUCUGUCGAGACUAAUGGUCAUGAUGGUGGCUGGGAACAGGAAUUCAACAAUGCAAGGGAGCAGUAUGCGAUUGUCGUUGUGGAGCUUAAUGCAGCAAAACAAGAACUCAGGAGGAUCAGGAAGGAUUUUGAGGCAUCAACGGAAGCAAAGCUGACCGCCAUUUAUCAAGAAGCCAAAGCGAAGCAGCUUCUUGAUGCCUGCAAUGAGAAUGUUGCUCAGCUUUCUAUGGAGAUUAGAACUUCUCAGGAAUCACUUGCGGAUGUAAAGCUUGUCACAGAGCAAGCCCAGCAGGAAGAAUCAAAGAUUCGCUCUGAGAAAGACUCUUCCAAACAGGCCUGCAAACAAGCGCUAGAAGAAACUGAGAGGAAAAUGGCAUCUCUGAAGAAAGAAUCUGAUCCUCAAGUUCUUAAGAACCUAGAGGCCAAGCUGGCCGAAACGGCUUCUGAGAUUGGAGCUGUGAAGAAGGAAAUGGAAGUUGCCCGUGCUUCAGAUUUGGAGCUUUUUACGGCCAUGGGCGCUGAGCUUGAUGGUGCUAAAGGGAUGCUGCAGAAACUGGCUGAAGAAGAGAGUUGGUUCAGGAGUUUGGUGGACUCCCUUACGCUGGAGUUGGGAGCUGUAAAGAAUGAGCGCGCAGAGCUCAAAGAGAAGGAUGCAGAAACUGGAUAUGUUGUCAGUAACCUUAACCUCAAAAUUCAGAAAUGCAAAGCUGAGCUCGAGGCCGCCAUGGCUGCAGAAUCGAAGGCAACUUCAGCAUCGGAUAACCUAGUGUCAGCUCCCCAGCAGCUGUCAUCUGCAGAAAAGAAGAAAAGUGGCGAAGAGCUAAGAGAUGAAGCAGAAAAGAAGCUGCAGGGAGCCCCGACGGAUGCUGAUGUUGCUGUAGCAUCAGAGACUAACGUAACAAUCUCAAAAGAAGAGUACGAGUCAUUGACAUGCAAGGUGGAGGAGUCUGAAAGGUUGAUGGAGAGCAAGGUUGCUGCUGCAAUGGCACAGGUGGAAGAGCUAAGAGAUGAAGCAGAAAAGAAGCUGCAGGGAGCCCCGACGGAUGCUGAUGUUGCUGUAGCAUCAGAGGCUAACGUAACAAUCUCAAAAGAAGAGUACGAGUCAUUGACAUGCAAGGUGGAGGAGUCUGAAAGGUUGAUGGAGAGCAAGGUUGCUGCUGCAAUGGCACAGGUGGAAGAGCUAAGAGAUGAAGAAAAGAAGCUGCAGGGAGCCCCGAUGGAUGCUGAUGUUGCUGUAGCAUCAGAGGCUAACGUAACAAUCUCAAAAGAAGAGUACGAGUCACUGACAUGCAAAGUGGAGGAGUCUGAAUGGUUGAUGGAGAGGAAGGUUGCUGCUGCAAUGGCACAGGUGGAAGUCGUGAGAGCCAGUGAAACUGAGGUAAGCAAGAAACUUGAGGCAGCUCAGAAGGAGAUGGAGGAGAUAGAGGCAGCAACAAAGGUGGCACUGAAGCGGGCAGAAAUGGCUGAGGCUGCAAAGAAUGCAGUGGAAGGAGAGCUUAGGAGGUGGCGAGAUAAGGCACAGCAAAGGGCUGGUGAGACACACCAGUCAGCAGGAGCAUUGCCACCGAGGCCCACAGUUCAUAAUGUGAAGCCAGGAGAGAAGAGUGAAGAGCACCGAAAGGUUCUUAAAGCAAUGGCUUCGAGGAAGACAUUCCUGUCCAACCUCAGCGGUAUACUUCACAGGAAGAAGAGCCCCGUCGAUGGUGGUGGUUCCCCAUCUCAUCCCCCAGGCGAGAAGCCUCUGUGAUCGUGUGCUCUGCUUCUCAUUUUGAAACUGCGGAGAUCAUGCGCAGGCUUUUCUUUUUGUUUGGUGACUUGGAGGUGUUCCUCCGUGGGGUAUGAGUCCCUAACACGGUCGUGUCCCAAUCUGUGUUGCUGCAAGCAGUGUCAUUUCAU